GUUCUUCAAUUUUUCUACUGUCAGUCGCUGGCAAACUUCGCGGAGAGAGGAUUUCUCUCACGAAAAAAAUAUUAAUUAUCGACAGUUUUUCUACAAUUUUUUUCCGUGUCCAUCAAUGUUGUGUAGCAUAGAGUGUAUUGUGUGUACAUUUCGCAACGAUAGCCAAAGUGUCUAAAAGUUAUCGGGAGUGUUCUGUGUAAACACCGAAAUUCCAUUAAAACCAAGUACGCACAAGAAAAAAUGCUUAACUGGAGAAAAGAAUAAUUAUUGGCCUAAAAUGAUUUGUUUUAUGAUGAACUGGUGACAGAGUUUGUGGGAAGUAUUGGUUGAGAAGAAGGAGGAGUGUACCGUGAGCCAUGGAGGCGUCCGGAGGAGAGACGGCUACCCUUCGUCAGAGUCAGAGUGGUCAACCAGUGAUGAGGUCAAGGCCGAGCAGUCUGUUGGGACCUGAGCGAGAGCCCGUGAAUUUUAACGUGAGUCUCGUGGGGGCCCCACCAGAAGUGGAACAACUUGUUGAGCACAUUAAACAAGUUGCUGAGCAAUUUCUCUAUCAUUGGAAAACAUUUCCAAUUGUUCUACCCAAUCCGCUAUGUGGUGGCAAUAACUCUUCAUCGACUUCCUCGAAUGGUAAUAGGAAAUCACGUCCGAUAAAUCUGCGUGACUUAUUUGUUGCACCACCAUUUGAUGAAUUGGACGCCGUGGCUGCUGAUGGAAAUGGUGAACCCAGAAGAUUGACCAACAAUCAACUGAGGUCACUGCGAGAAAGAGGGGAAUUUGAGGUGGCAAGUUUGAAUUUUCCGGGACAAGUGCAUCGUUGGCGAUUGUCACAAUUGCUACAAAAGGGAUCAGAACGUGCACAUGAUUCUUUGCUCAGUGAUUUGGCACUGGCAGCACGUUUUAUUGUGGUGACGGCCAAAUCACGCCUCACGGGGCAUUUUUUCAGCGUGGCUCAGGGUGCUAGAGCAUUCUUUGAGGGUCUCAUUAAAAUAUUGGAUAUGCUCGUUGGAGUGCCAUCGCUGAUGGCCCACAAUCUCGACUACAAGAUUAAGGAGGAGCGCUGUCGAUUUCUCGUGGCAGAACUUGUGUGUCGGCCAGAAUAUGAAGAUUGUAUGGAUUCGCUCACAACGUAUGUAAGGCACCAAUUGAGGCGAGCGACAAUGGAGAAAUUUGAAGUGGAAUGUGACACAAAUGCACAACCAAUUCCAUAUCUCUUCCUCACGCCCAAGGGUCAAGAGAUUGACUUGAGGCUGUUCUCUCGGGACAUCAUGAGAAAGGCACUGCCAAUAUUGAUUGGUAUUCUCGAGAGGGAGACUAGAGGGUGGUUUCUGCACUUUCGCGAGAGGCUUAUUGCUGAGAUGCGGGAGAAGAAGAUGCCCGAUGAAGAAAUUGAGGAGGAAGUGAAUGAGGCAGUGAUGAAGGAAUACUUGCAGCGUGUGUACAGUUCCAUCCUUUCAAAUACCGAUCUUGAGGAUUUGGGUGUGGGAGUGCCACAGCUACUUGUGCAACAGGCUCAGUCAGUGGUGAUUAUGCACAAGGCUGUGGAGAAAAUUCAACGUGAACUGAAACACUGUCGUGAAGAGCAACAAAAGAAUCUCACAGAUACACAUCCGGUCUUAUCUCGAGUGGCUCCAUGGCUACGAUCACGUCUCUCGUCGGCUGAAUUGUCAAAGCUCACCAAGACCACAUGGUCAGCUCAUGAGGAGGCCCUCAAGGGUUGCUCCAAGCACAAUCUUCAGCAGACAGCAUACUUCCUCAAUCGCGAUAUGGUGUUCAUGAAGGAGCGUGAACCGGUGCUGCUGAAGGAGCUGCGAAAUGCCAAGACACCCACACGAAAUUUCCAAUGGCCAUGUCGCAUUUGGUCACCUCAGUCUUGGAUCAUUCGACGCAAUUUUCAGGGUCAGUCUGAGGUCAUUCCCACGGUGAUUUGCCAGCAGGCCACUUCAAUUGUCACGCCACGCAGUGAUCCCAGCCAACCGGUGUUUCUGGUGGAGAAGGAGAUAAAUCGCACCACCAGUACCAGGUGGCCACUUUGGCGUCUUCUCAAUCUCAUUCAGCGCACUUGGUGUUGGACGUGGAAUAUGAUGUUUCUCCUGGGCAUCGUUGUCCCAUGGUGUAGUCCACUGGGAUUGCGUGCGUUGUUCUGCAUGAAACCAUUCAUGCAUGAUUUGGAGCUGUCGCAAAUUAAUGGGACACUUUUUCCACGAAAGACGAGCAUUACUCAAACAAUGGCUUCCCGCCUCUUGGAACUCUGGAGACACAUAUCAAAGGCACGGACACAUUUCGAGACAGAACCAGAUACGGGAUUCAUUGGAAAAGGAAUGACACGGCAUAUGAAUCGUGUGUGGAAUUAUGUCUUCAAAGGCUUCCUCGGAACACUUCUAAUCAUCUUUAUCUUCCCUCUGCUUUGUGUUAUGGUCAGCCUAGCGAGUAUAGCUUGUGCAAUAACGGCUCCUCUUUGGGUGCCCAUUGUUACUCUCCUUCUGCACGUUUAUAUGAUGCUCAUCUUCGAUUUGGAUUGUCCUGAACCUUCGCGAAAUCGCUAUUGUGUACUAUUUGAAGCUGUCGGAUGGAAUAUUAUCGUUCAGGGAUGCCUUCAACCUCUUUUGGCUGUUUUUGUGGCAACUUGCAUCUGUCCAGUAACUUCGAUUGCAGUACUCUGCGUUGGAUUGGCGCGUUACUGGCUGAGAUUGCUGUGGGAUUCCAUGACAUUUCAUCUGUUCAUCAAGAAAUGUGGUCGAGUUCCGGCCAGCGAUAGUCUUGCAGUUCGACGAAUUGCCGGACCUGGCUUGGCUCUUGACUACUUCUUUGUCAUAAAGCCCGAACAAGCUUUGGCUGCUUUUGAGGCAAAAAUGGAACUUGAAGAGCUCAAUGCCUUUGAAUUUUCCAUGGAAUCCGUGAUAAUGCAACCUCAAAAGGAUUUCAGUCAAUUUGUGAAGGCUUGCUUUGGACCUUUCUCAGCAGAACUGUCCAAGACUGGACCCUAUCGCAAUCUCGAGCGAGAAAGCAAUGAUCUAAUUGCUUCGUUGCGUGAGAAACUCGAAAAGAGACGACGAGAUCUUCAGACAGGUUUGACACCAGCGGUAAAGUCCAAAAUUAAGAUGACUACGAUGGAGUUGAAGAUUGCCAUUCAGCAGGGAGCGCAUCUCCUGGAGAGAUUCUAUCCCAGUCAUGUUCUUCCGCAUUUAGCUCUGUCUGAAGAUGAAUUUUGGGAGACUAGAGGUAUUUCCCAUGGAGAUUGGGCUGGAUUAGCUGGUGUUCACUAUGUGGAAAUCUUCAGUCUGGACUUUCUUACACCAGUUGGUGAUUCAGAGACACAAUUUAAACUGGAGGCACAUCCGCAGCUGGAUUUGUCGCGGUACAGUGAGAUGGUACAAAAUGCGAGUGAUAUUAUGGGUGUCAAUGGACCGGAUUUGCUAGGCAAUGUCUAUGCUCCACGUGGGAAUAUUCAAGUGCAUUCACCCUAUCUCGAAGUAUCUGCUUUCAAUCCACGCUCCAGGAUCACAAUGAACUUCCGAAAGGCAGAGAAGCGACAUGAUAAUAAUCCAACGGGCUUGACUACUCCAAGAGUACGAGCUCGUCGUCAACAACCAGUAAAUAAUUCCAAUCCACCAUGGAGGCCGUGGAAGCGAAAACAUGGUGAAAGGAAUCCAGCAGAGAAGCUCCUAAUUCCACUUCCAAUUCCACAUCCCGUUCACAUUGCCAUUGCUAUUCACAAUAGGGAUUCAGAACAGCCGAUUCCACUCGAUUCGGAGCUGUGUUGGGAGAUUUUGCGCGCCAUUGAGGACUGCCAUGGGGAUUUGCAGGCGGUGAGUGCAAUUGCUCGUUUCCGUGGCGGAGUAGCUGAUUCGAGUUUGGAUUCACUGGGAUCACAGACAUCAGAUGACACCAAUGAUUCCCGUGAGAGCAUUGCUGCCGUGACGGGGACAACGCUAGGUACGACAGAGACACUGCCAUGUGGUAAUCGAACAACAGCCAUCCAGACGACACAGUCAGACAACAAUUGCUUCCAGUGGACGUUGAGCAAUUGGGGUGCAGCUCAGGCGGCCAAACGGCGUAAUACUUCGGGCACCGUUCGCGUAGAUCUCGCUAGUCCUGAGGAUAUUUCUCUCGAUACUGAUAGCUCUAGGGCCAUGUAUAGUGGUGGAGCUUAUGGGACAAAUGUCUAACUCUUGACUUUAUUCCAUCGCAAAAACAAAGUUUAAUUGAAAACAACAACAAAAAAAAUAUUCAGUAGAAAUAGCGGGAUAGAGCAUAAAUCUUUACAUGUAAUUUCUUUGAUAUAAUCUUUUUUUUUAAUGUUUUGUGUGAUAUUGUCUUUAAAAGGUUAAUUAUUAUUUUUGUCGGUGUAGCUAUUAUUUGUUUUCUCUCUACAGAGUUCAAUUAUUUGGUAAAUUUAAGUGGAUUUUAGGUGUAAAAAAAAGAAACUGCGCAAUCCGCCCGAAAAUUUGGUUUCGACUUUUCAUUUUCAGAAAAUGGAUGCCUAUAUAUUUCUCAGAAGAAAAGAAAAAACCCGCAAUAGCUAUUAAAGAAAAAAGGAUUUUUAAGAAAACCUGUGUAGAUUAUCUACUGAAGAGCAAGUUGUAGUAGUAAAAGUCUAGUCUAAAUUGCAUACAAAAAAAAAUAGUAGUAAAUAAUCAUGAAAAUAUCAGACAAUUUACAAGAAAAGUGUUUACACAUUUUAGAGAGCUAAAAAAACUAUUACUUAUAUUUCAUAUACAAAUAAUAUUAGAAAUUAAAAAUUUAAUAUUAGCUGUAAUGACAACGUAAAAUUUACCCAACACCAAAAAAAAGAAGAAAAAAUAACAUGAACAAAUAUUAAUGCCAUUAAUGCCGACACUGAAUCAAUCCAUGCUCUCUCUCUAUCUCUAAAAUCUUAUCGAAAAGCUAUUCGGGAUUAAAGUAUUAUGUUAAUUGAUCAUUUACUAUUUAAUAAAAAAAAAGAUCUUGAAGGGGCA